GCAGGGCUGCGCGCGGCGAGUAGGAAGCCCUCGCCCCGCGGAGGCUGCGGGAGAGAGCUCGAAGGGCCGCGGCGGUGGGCGCACGCUCUGCGGGGACUCAUGCCACGCGCGUCCCGGCCCGGCGCGCAAUUAGCAGCCGCCUCCGCAGCCCGCCGCCGCCGCCGCCUCCUCGCCUUCCUGGGCUGCUGCGGAGAGAAGCUGCAGCCCUCGCCUUUCACCGGCUGCCGGCAUUGUCCUCCCGAUCCGCCGCCCAGGCUGCUCCUGCCGCCGUGGGCUGCCUCGGGGCCCCGGACCCGCGCUGCAGGGACGCGCCGCCGCGCCGGCCGGCCCGGCGCCCGGCCCCCGCUUGGUGAUUUCCGCGUCCUGCGUUCCUCGGUCAUCUCCUGAGUUUUUCCUGCAGAGCUGAGGACAGAGGAGUCCAGCCACCAAGCCCAGCUUUCCUCCGGUGCGCAGCCCCGACGGGGCCGUGGCAGGCGCAGCGAGAACGCCUGCGGAGCCAUGAGAGAGUACAAAGUGGUGGUGCUGGGCUCGGGCGGCGUGGGCAAGUCCGCGCUCACGGUGCAGUUCGUGACCGGCUCCUUCAUCGAGAAGUACGACCCCACCAUCGAGGACUUCUACCGCAAAGAGAUUGAAGUGGAUUCAUCGCCGUCGGUGCUGGAGAUCUUGGACACGGCGGGCACGGAGCAGUUCGCAUCCAUGCGGGACCUGUACAUCAAGAAUGGCCAGGGGUUCAUCCUCGUGUACAGCCUUGUGAACCAGCAGAGCUUCCAGGACAUCAAGCCCAUGCGGGACCAGAUCAUCCGCGUGAAGCGGUACGAGCGCGUGCCCAUGAUUCUGGUGGGCAACAAGGUGGACCUGGAGGGCGAGCGCGAGGUUUCAUUCGGCGAGGGCAAGGCCCUGGCGGAGGAGUGGAGCUGCCCCUUCAUGGAGACCUCGGCCAAAAACAAAGCCUCGGUGGACGAGCUGUUCGCCGAGAUCGUGCGGCAGAUGAACUACGCGGCGCAGCCCAACGGCGAUGAGGGCUGCUGCUCGGCCUGCGUGAUCCUCUGAGGCGCCCGCGGCUGCCGCGCGACAGCCGCGCUCUGCGCACAAAAGCCAAACGCACCCGACUCUUCUAAAUGUGAUUUCUCUUCUUGCUUUGAGAUUGGAGAUGACUUUGCGUCGGCCGGGGGGCUCUUGGCGCCCGCCUGGCCGCGGUGGCCGCGUCCCCCGCCCCUGCCCCGUUUCCGAGGGGUUGUCCCGUCAUGACCAUCCGAGUCCCGGUGGAAAUGUGGAUCUUUGCAGCAUGUACGUUUCUCAUUGAUUUUGGUUGACGCAUAUUUCCCCAUUGAAGCAGCCCGUGGGGCCCUGUAUUGGCGGCUUGACACCGGCAGGCGAAAGUUUCAGUCUGGGAGAAAAAAAAAAAAAAAGAAAGAAAUGGGGUGGGGGCGGAAGAGGACGGUGAGAAGGUGGAAAAGGGGGGAUUUUUUGUUUUGUUUUUCUGUCAACAACCGUUUUUCUAGUUCCAAGUUUGAAAAACACGGAAGGAAGUCCGGGAGAACCAAAUGAAGGAGCAGGAGGAGAGGAAGAAACUUUUGUUUUUUCCUUGUUUUCCAGGAGUAGCUGGAAAUUAAGAUCGGGUUCCUUUUCUGCCAGCUUGGAAAGGCAACCCCGUGACUGAUUUCGAUUCUGAGGAUGUCUAUGCAAAGUUGGAUUCUUGUUACAGUGUAUCCAAUCUGAAGUAUUGCACACCUGAACUGGGACUGUUAACACUGAUGCCAAUGCAGUGUGGGGUGCCAGAAAGUGUCUGCUGAUAAUUUGUGGGGGGGAAAAAAUCUAUUUUGUUUACCUACUGUAUCAAAGGGGAGUCUGGGGGAGAACGGUAGUAUUUUUUUUUAUCAGCUGUGAAAAAAAAAAAAUGUUACAGAUCUGCACAUUUUUGUGUGUACUGUUGUGUGUGUGUUUUUUUAGAUUUAGCUUUUUGUUCGUAUUGGUUGGCCAUACAUGGUUUUAAUAGCUCUUUAAACUACAGUACAGAAACUUCGCAAAUGUGAUUCAGGGCCCCCAGCACCCCUGUGUCUGCAGAGUGCCUUCAAGACUCAGCUGUUCCAGCCGGUGCCAACCUGUGAACUUCCCACCAGAUCCCAGAAUCUGUUAUUCCUCCCCAAACUACUUCCCAGUUGACUUUUAAUAAUCUUCCUGAAGGAGCCAGGACAAUAGGGCCUGUUGUUUGGUGAAUUCUUUAUUCUUUCCAGCCUUUAAAAUGUAACUUACUUGUAAUGCAAUGGGUUGGUUUUUUUUUUUUUUUCCUUUUUAAAAUUUUUUGCUUCGUUUUGUUCCAAUGUUCAGGUAUUUAGCUCCCCUUUUAUAUAAUUUUUUUUUUAAUUUUUGGUUUUCUGUUUUAGGGUGUUCCUCCAGAAGCACAGAGCAAAAUUUUACUGUUGUGAUGUACCAAGAGAAUUCUAACAAUUUGUAAUUUCUAAUUCCAUACACGCGGUUAAUCAUUGUCUCUUCAUUUUAAGAUUUUUAAUACAAAUGUCAUUUUUAAAGAAACAAAUCCAAACUAUUGUUUGUGUUUCUGUGUUUCAUAUUCAGUGAUUUAAUACAGUAUCAUGGCUGAGGUGGACAGGGGCAGGUGCCUGAUGCCUCCAAGAGUGGUUUGUCAGAUUUUGAAGAGAGGAGUGUCAGUGACAAGUUGGGAGACAUUACUCCCAACUCCUUAAACAUGGAAAAUAAUCAUCAAGGUCUAGGAAGGCCUGGGGUACGGUGUACCCUCUGACUGUUAAGAUGAACUGGAUAUUGAAUCUGUUCUGCUGGCUGAGAGCAGGAAGGGGAGAAGCCAGCUCUAAGACUGCCUUAGAUCUGGGAGAGUAACCAUCCACUGGUCAGGCAGGGUGGUGUUUUAGUGUUUUUUUUUUUUCUUUCUUUUCUCGUGUUCUGCUUUGUUUAAAACACCUAUCCAGUUUAAAGCUUGUUUGGGGGAUAUGAUUUUCACUUCUGAAAAUUGUAGUGUUUUCUGCAGUACAUUUGGGUGGGUUGUGAAUAGUGUCUCAGCCCUUUUGUGGCUUUAAUUAGGAAACAGAUCAUUAGGUUAAAAAAGAAGAGAAAAAGAGAACACUUAAGUCUCUUGCUUUAUUACACUGUGCAGUUUGUGGACCAUUUUGACCUCAUGAAAUUUCCUUCUAACAGCAGGAGGCAGUGUGAGCUUUUUGUUUUGUGUUUUGAUUUUCUUAAGGGCCAUUUUACUGAUAUCUCUAUGGAGUGGAAGGUGUAUGUCAAAAGCACUUGAUAUACCUUAGGUCCACGAAGUGUAGGGUGAAGAGUUUUGAUUUUCAAUAAGAGUUAUUGUGUUGAGGGAGCCAAAAGAAGUUAAAGGCCACAGGUUUCUUUAAAGCUAUAUUAACAUAUCUUGCCUUAAAAUGUUGUGUCUUUGGCCCAGGUGACCUCUCAGAAUUGCAGCAUGGAGGAGGAAUAGAGAAUUCUGCCUGGGUUUGGUUCUAAAGCUUUUUUUUUUUUUUACAUUUGAUCUCAUUGAAGUUUAGUACCAAACUUAAUUAGAAGGUAAUGUAAAUAUGCUAAAUAAGAAAUUAGGAAAAAGUAUUCACACUUAGGCUUUGCAAAGCUUCAUUCUUGUGUUUGUGUAAAUUUAGUUGAUUCAGUAGAUCUAAAGUGUUGAAAGCUCUGAAGACAUACAACAAGUGCUGUAUAAAGGAUCUUUUAAAAUACAUUCAGUGACUUUUUUAUGAGUUUGUUUUGGUUUUUUGGAAGCCUUUUGAUGUGAAAUACGGGCAAGUAUCUAAUUUAAGAAAUGUAUAUACUCCUGACGGAAUUUUUGAAAAUGGGAAAUUGGAAAUGAAAUUGGUUGCUGGGUGCAUUAAUCAUCUUCACAUAGGAUUUAGUCACUUACAUGAAUAAAUGUUUUAUAGGUCUGGGAUGGCAGGGCAGAAGAUUUUAAUAUGCUCUGAGUACUGUAAAAUAAAUGCUUUUUAGAUUCCCAA